CAACUCCAAACACCACCGCAGCCAUGUCUGGUCGAAGAGACUUCUUAAACCAACCUGCGCCAGAGAACUACGUCGCAGGUCUUGGUCGUGGUGCGACUGGAUUUACAACACGUUCAGAUCUUGGACCAGCGCGAGAAGGUCCCAGCGAAGACCAAAUCAAAGAAGCUCUCGCAAAGCGUGCAGCUCAACUCGGAGCGGCAGCACCUACAGCAUAUGGCGCCCCAGAAAAGAAAGAAGAGGAUGAUGACGAUGAGCGAUUUCAAGACCCUGAGAACGAGGUUGGCUUGUUUGCAGGAGGCGCGUACGACAAAGAUGACGACGAGGCAGAUCGCAUUUACCAAGAGGUAGAUGAGAAGAUGGACAGGCGGCGGAAAGCUAGAAGGGAAGCACGAGAAAAGGCCGAACGAGAAGAAUACGAACGGAACAAUCCCAAGAUCCAGCAGCAAUUUGCAGACUUGAAACGAGCACUGAGUACCGUUAGCGAUGACGAUUGGGCAAAUCUGCCAGAGGUUGGAGACUUGACGGGCAAGAAUCGAAGAAGCAAGCAAGCUUUGCGACAACGGUUUUAUGCUGUACCUGAUAGUGUUCUCGCCGGCGCCCGAGAUUCUACAGAGCUUGGCACAACGGUUGCAGAUGAUGCGCCAGCUGGUGGAGAUGGAGCAGAUGGAACGAUGACCAACUUUGCGGAUAUAGGAGCUGCUCGAGACAAGGUGCUGAAGGUUAGGCUGGAUCAAGCGUCUACAGGCAGCGACUCUGUUGCCGGAAGUGCUACGAACAUCGAUCCCAAAGGCUACCUCACGAGCUUGGCAAAAUCACAGAUCAACGAAGGCGAAGCACAAGUUGGUGACAUCAAUCGAGCUCGAGUAUUGCUAGAGUCUGUCAUCAAGACAAAUCCAAAGCACGCUCCAGGUUGGAUUGCUGCUGCCAGACUUGAAGAGCUUGCUGGAAAGACUGUAGCUGCCCGCAAUGUUAUUGCCCGAGGCUGUGAGCAUUGUCCAAAAAGUGAAGAUGCUUGGCUGGAAAACAUUAGACUGAACGAAGGCCGGAAUGCCAGGAUCAUUGCUGCCACUGCCAUCAAGGCCAAUGAUACCUCUGUGCGACUUUGGACCGAAGCCAUGAAGUUGGAAUCGGACCCAAGGGACAAAAAGCGAGUUAUUCGACAUGCUUUGGAUCACAUCCCCCAAUCAGUUAUGUUGUGGAAGGAAGCAGUCAACUUGGAAGAGGAUCCCGAUGAUGCCAAACUACUACUUGCGAAGGCAACUGAACUUAUCCCCCUUUCUGUUGAACUCUGGCUGGCUUUGGCCCGAUUAGAGACUUCGGAGAAUGCUCAGAAGGUACUAAACAAGGCUCGAAAGGCUAUUCCUACGUCACAUGAGAUUUGGAUUGCAGCUGCUCGGCUACAAGAACAAAUGGGCAAUGCAGCCAAGGUCAAUGUUAUGAAGCGUGCAGUACAGGCUCUUGCCAAAGAAUCGGCGAUGUUGAAGCGAGAAGAAUGGAUCACCGAAGCUGAGAAGUGUGAAGAGGAAGAUGCUAUUCUGACCUGCGGAAACAUCAUUCGCGAAACUCUUGGCUGGGGUCUCGACGAAGAUGACGACCGCAAGGAUAUCUGGAUGGAAGACGCUCGCUCAAGUAUUGGUCGUGGCAAGUACGAAACUGCACGCGCCAUUUAUGCUUAUGCGUUGCGAGUGUUUGUCAACAGUAGGAAGUUGUGGCUUGCCGCUGCAGAUCUGGAGAAGAAUCACGGAACGAAGGAAGCAUUAUGGCAGCUUCUUGAGAAGGCUGUUGAAGCAUGUCCGCAGAGCGAAGUCUUGUGGAUGAUGCUGGCUAAAGAGAAGUGGCAAGCUGGAGAGAUUGACAACGCGAGAAGAGUGUUGGGCCGCGCUUUCAAUCAAAAUCCAAACAACGAAGAUAUCUGGCUUGCGGCUGUGAAGCUGGAAGCUGAGAACCAAGAACCAGAUCAGGCCCGGGAGCUACUGAAAACGGCAAGACAGGAAGCACCCACUGAUCGUGUCUGGAUGAAGAGCGUGGCAUAUGAAAGACAACUUGGGAACCCAGAUGCAGCUCUUGACUUGGUCAAUCAGGCUCUUCAAUUGUUCCCUGGCGCUGCUAAAUUAUGGAUGAUGAAAGGCCAAAUAUACGAGGGCGAAGGCAAGUUACCACAAGCUCGUGAAGCAUAUGGUACUGGUACCAAGGCAUGCCCAAAGUCUGUUCCACUCUGGCUCCUUUACUCGAGACUUGAGGAGAAAGCAGGCAAUGUUGUCAAAGCUCGCGGCAUUCUUGAUCGUGCUCGACUAGCCGUUCCGAAGUCACCGGAGCUCUGGACCGAGUCUGUUAGACUGGAACGACGAGGUAACAACAUUAGUCAAGCAAAGAAUCUUAUGGCCCAAGCAUUACAACAAGUUCCCAGUAGCGGGCUGUUAUAUACCGAAUCAAUCUGGAAUCUUGAAGCCCGAACACAACGAAAGCCUCGAGCAUUGGAAGCCAUCAAGAAAGUCGACAACGACCCGAUAUUGUUCGUUACCAUUGCACGGAUUUUCUGGGGUGAGCGAAGAUUGGAGAAGGCCCAAAAUUGGUUCGAGAAAGCAAUCUUGUUAGAUAGUGACCUUGGCGAUACGUGGGCUUGGUAUUACAAGUUCUUGCUUCAACAUGGCACUGAAGAGAAGCGAGCAGAUGUCGUUGCUAAAUGCACGUUAAGCGAGCCGAGACAUGGGGAGGUUUGGCAGAGUGUGGCAAAAGAUCCCAAGAAUGCCGGCAAGACUCUGGAAGAAAUUCUCAAUAUUGUUGUGACUAGACUGGAGUAAGGGGGUCGAGUCAGACAUUGUAUCAUGACGAUAGGUAGCUAGGGUUUUUGCCCAUGCCCAAAAGCAUUGACGAGGCGCUUCGUCUUGACAGAUUUGCGAUCCUUGGAAUGAACUUCUUCAAAGCAAUUUCUCAAUUGCAUAGUAAUUCCAUUCA